UUCACUCUACGUCCAUCUACUACCCGGCUUGUCAUGUCGCUAAUCUUAUGCGGCUUUGUCCUACAGUGCGGAUCUACCAAGGCUGCUGACCAUCUCGACAACAGGGCUCCCGCAGACAAUCAAAGUUUUUAAUUCAGACCCGAAAGGGUGACUACGGCAAAACUUUGUUAAAUAUGCUCAAAUAUUAUUUUUCGUUGCCUAUGUGAAGAAGCAAGGACAUUUGUGAUGAUUGUACCCCCGAGGAAUGCUAGAAAUGGCAACCAUCUCAUUGCUUUGACACAGAGGCACCAUAGCAGAGACGUGACUUUUUUUUUGUCUUUUCUUUUUUUAAACCACAAACCAGCGGCACUUCAUUUACUCAUUCAAGAGCUGAAGCUUUAGUCGAGAGACCUUUCUGCUCGUCUUUCUGCUCUGAUUUUCUGUGUGGAGAUAAAAGGUCAACGUAAGCCGCGAUGAAAUGGGAAAAGUUAAAACCGCCAGAACCGGAUGAUCCGAUGUGUUGCUGUGAAUGCGACGUAUACCAGUACGGCUGUUGCUGUGACUGUGAGGAUCUGGAUGAGGCCUUCAACAGAUGGCUGAGGGACAAGGCACCAAAGAGUGGAUGUCAUUCAUUUGUACUGGGGGCCUUGAUUGACAACUUGGAGAUCUCCCUGGUCCCUGCGCUGGUUUUACUGCCUCUGCUGAUGCGUGUCGCGGCGUUGCACUACCUGCUGGGUAUCAUGAUCUUGACAGCUCUGCCCGGGUUGGUGCUCUGGCUCUACUACGCCACUCACAAGAGAAAGAGACGUACGCUUUUCUUCCUCACACUGGCGCUCUACUCUCUGGCCUACAUGUACUAUCUCUUCAUCACUGAGAUUGUACCUCGCGGGGACGUGAGUCGUUUGCAGCUCUGUACCGUGACCGCGGGGAUGAUUUUCACUAUUGCGUCUCUGGUUCGGACCAAGAGGAGCCCGGGAUUUGUUAGGACUGCAGCACGCGAGGUGGACGGCAAGGGUUCACUCAUUGAGUCCGUCCAGACAGAGACAUCGUCCUCUGUCUCAGGACCGAGACCAAGUGAUAAAUGGAGCAAGUGUCCUGUGUGCAAAAUUGCACGACCUCCGCGGGCGGGACAUUGUGGAACGUGUGGAGUUUGUGUUCAACGCCUGGACCACCAUUGCGUCUGGAUAAACAGUUGUGUAGGGCAAGGUAACCACCGCAGCUUCCUGUUGACCCUGUGCGUAUUUCUGCUAACAUCUUUGUACGGGAUCACUUUGGUGCUGCGCAGCCUGUGUCCUCAACAGUAUCUAGUCAGCGCGCUCUUCUACUGCCCGGGCGUCUACGCUCAGUCCAGCUCAGCGCUCUGCUUCACCUGUGCCUGGUACAGCGUCAUCGUCACUGGGGGGCUGCUGUACCUACUGGUGGCACAGGUGGUGAAUAUCAGCUUCAACGUGACUGAGCGGGAGGCCCACCUGGCCCUGAGGAAUAAAACGGGCCAAAUUCGCCUGUGGGGGCUCGCCGUCGCCACGGGAACGUAUUCGCGAGGCUUCUACCAGAACUGGGUUGACUUCCUCACUAUGGCUGAUGCCUCGACAUGUCCUCGAUCCGGCGCCCCCGACUUGGUCUAUGAUGGCGCAGGCAGAGCAUUACUAGUAGACGUUCUGCUCUUCGUCCUCCCUUGCUUUCCGGCUACUAUGGUCUUUCUGGUGACAGUUUUGGCGGCCGCGCUGGCCUCCAUCAGCACAUCCGCACAAGUCAUACCCCCAGCUGACUUCAACGUGCAGGGGAUGGCAGGGAAGUGGUACCUGAUCGGUUUUGCCUCUAACGGCCAAUGGUUCAUCCAACACCGCGCCAGCAUGAAAAUGGGCACUGCCAUGCUCCACCCAACUGCAGACGGCGACCUGGAUAUUUCGUAUGCCAGUCUAAAAUCCGAUGGAACAUGUUGGAGAAUGAACAACCUGGCAAAGAAGACCGACAUGCCUGGAAGAUUCACAUACACAAGUUGGGGCAAUGAGAAUGACAUGCGCGUGGUGGAUGUCGAGUACGACCAGUACGCCCUGAUUCAUACUGUUAAGAAAGACGGAGAUCAUCCCACUGUGGUCAACAAGCUCUACGGCCGUGGAGUGGAUCUCAGCCCAGAUCUGAUGGAGAGGUUCAGGCAGUUCUCCCUGGAAACCGGACUCCGAGCUGAAAACAUUGCAUUCUUCCCCCCAAACGGUGAGUGCACAGCUGCCUAGCUUCCUGCCAGCCUCAACAAUGCUGUCAAGACAAACACAAAGUUUACAAAUGUAUGCUAAUAAAGGUCAAAGAGCUAAA